AGUGUGGACUCUGCAUCAACAUUUCAAUAAUUUCACGUUUUGACAUUUCGUUCUCGACUCUUGUUAAGGAGAACAUAGACAGAUAAUUGUGAAAAUUCAUCAGAGUUUUGUGAACAGAGUAUAAUGGAUGACGAUGUCCAGGCAUGUCUAGAUACACCAUUGUCUCACAUCAACGGAGGGGGCAUUUCUUUCGUCGUUCCUGAUCCUGAUUCAAACUCCUCUGGUACUACAGUUUUAAAAUUAUUAUGUCUCAUGAAACAGAAUUGAGCUGGAUCUUGGUUUUUUGGGGGAGAUUUUCACAGCAAGAGACGGAAAACGUUUUUCUUUAUAAAAAUUACACAUAUUUCAUUUUUCAGGUGGUGCUCUGCAGAAUCAACAGCAAGUGCCACAAUCUAAAUAUGCACAACUUCUUGGUAUACAUUACUCUACAUUAUACAUAGUUUUAUUGAUUUAUUUGACUUUUUGAUUGCAGCUGUAAUUGAGGACAUGGGAAAAGAUAUCCGUCCUACUUAUGCUGGGAGCAAGAGCAGUGCAGAACGCUUGAAGAGGGGAAUUGUUCAUGCUCGCAUCCUAGUUAGAGAGUGUUUAUUGGAAACCGAGAGGAGUGCUAGACAGUAGACAACCAAAAUGGAAAACAUAAGAAAACUUGAGUCCUGGGACACACAGCUUUAUGCUGAUGUGUGUGAAUUCUGUCCUUUUGAACCUUAUCUUUCUAUAGCCAUCUGUGGCACCUAUCAAUUGUGUGAAAGUGAAGCGGCUCGCGUCGGUCGUCUCAGUCUCCAUUCCGUCGAUCCCGAAAACAUUGAUUUGACUCCUAUUCAACUAGUUGACACUCCCGGCAUCCUCGACGUGAAAUGGUGCCGUCAAAAAUCCCACAAUCAAAUAUCUUUGGCCGUUGCCAAUUCGAUCGGCCAAAUCGUCCUAUACAGUUUCGAUUCCGACAUUUCAAUCAAGCAGCAGCACGUGCAAAACAUUGGUGAUGGUGGUGCAGGCCGUUUAGCUUUGUCGUGUGAUUGGUACGAAGGUUACAAGAUUGCCGUCAGCGACUCUAAAGGUGAAGUGUCGUGUCUGAAUGUCAGCGUUGAAGGAUCGGAACCGAUCAGUAACUGGAAGGCCCACGAUUAUGAAGCGUGGGUUGCCUCAUUCGAUCGCCACUCUGACCAGCUCAUCUAUUCCGGCGGCGAUGAUAGUUGCUUCCGUCUAUGGGAUCUUCGUGACACGACCAGCCCGGUGUUGGCCAACAAGAAAGCUCACCAGAUGGGGGUGACGAGUAUCGAAACAUCACCUGUCGACAGUAACAUCUUGGCUACUGGCAGUUAUGACGAGAGACUGUUGCUAUGGGACAAGCGUCACAUGAAAAGCUGGAUGAGCGAAACAAACCUUGGAGGGGGUGUCUGGAAGCUCAAGUGGGAACCCGGUAGCGCUCGCCACCUUUUAGCGGCUACGAUGCACAACGGUUUCCAUCUGAUUGAUUGCUGCCGCCCUUCCUUGGAAAAGGACGCGAAUCCGCUGUCGUUCGAUCCCAAGAUUGUCGCCUCAUAUCGAGAGCAUUCGAGCCUGGCUUACGGUUGUGAUUGGGCAAGACUAUUGUCACCAUCUACUGGACGGCGGACGAUUGCUUCGUGCUCCUUUUACGAUCACUCUCUUCACGUCUGGUCUUGGCUACCCUAGACGCAAUUAGAUUAUGGACGACCGACGCUGAUCUUUCACCCUCCUUAACAUUUAUCGUUUUCCUUCUUAUUAUUUGUCAGAAACGUUCGACUACGGUUAGAUUUAACAAUCGACAAAUUGUAUGUGCGGAGCGAAAUGGAUUAAAGAAAGUAACGCAAAA